AUGAAUGGAAGAUCACUUCUAACCUCACUUCUGAACUGUGCCACUCCAUUCACUACUCGGCUUUCCCUCCACAAUUUAACCACCCAUUAUUUCUCCACAAAUUCAUUGCCAUUGCCACCACCACCAGAAUUCGUAAAGCUUUGUUCUCAAGGUCUUAUCAAGGAGGCUUUCACCAGCUUCACUUCCGUCUUAUGGUCGGACACGAAUCUCUUCUCUCAUCUCCUCAAAGCAUGCGUCGAAAAGCAGUCCGUUUGUCUCUCCAAACAGCUCCAUUCUGUCAUCAUCACUUCCGGCUGUUUCAAGCACAGGUUUGUGGCCAACCACCUCCUCAAUGCCUACGCCAAGUUGGGUCAAUUAGAAACCGCAGUCUUGGUGUUCGACAUAUUGCCAAAGAGAAAUACCAUGUCCUACAACAUUUUGAUUGGCGGGUUUAUCCAAAAGGGUGAUUUGGAUGCUGCGUUUAAGCUGUUUGAUGAGAUGGGCGAGAGAAAUUUAGCAACUUGGAAUGCGAUGAUUGUUGGGUUGGUUCAGUAUGAGUUGAACGAAGAUGGGUUGAGUUUGUUUUCCCAAAUGCACGAGCUGGGAUUUUCACCUGAUGUUUUCACUCUUGGUAGUGUGUUCAAGGGUUGUGCUGGUUUAAAGGACUUGAAUAAGGGUAAGCAAGUCCAUGGCUUUGUGGUAAAAUUAGGGCUUGAGGAGCAUUUGAUUGUUGGAAAUGCAUUGGCUCAUAUGUAUAUGAGAUCUGGAAACUUUAGAGAAGGGGAGAAAGUUAUUAGACUGAUGCCUAGUUUUAGUGUGGCUGCUUGUAACACGCUAAUUUCAGGGAUGGCACAAAAUGGGUAUUCUGAGGGUGCUAUGGUUUACUACAACAUUAUGAAAAAGGCAGCAUUCAGGCCAGAUAAGAUCACAUUUGUGAGUGUGAUCAGUUCAUGUUCUGAUCUGGCUUCGCUUGCACAGGGUCAGCAAGUUCAUGCCGAUGUGAUAAAAGUUGGCGCUUUAGCAGAUGUUCCUGUUAUUAGCUCGUUGGGCUUCCUUGAAGAAGAGAAUGUACUGUGUAACCUGAAAGGUUCCUCAAAGUACCAAAACAAGAAUUCCAGGGAAGGUAAGGUGUGGGAGGAUUCAGAAGUUUGUUCAAGGAAAUCUUAA